GAGAGAGAGAGAGAGAGAGAGAGAGAGAGAGAGAUGGGUGGACGGAAAGUCCCCGUGUGGAAAUCCCCAUUGUGGUUUUUUGUUUUUUUUUAAACUAUCGCUUGCGGACCUCUGUACUCUUUGAAAGGCUUCGCAAGCUGCGAGGACUCAAAAUCAUCUCUGAUAGUGAAGGAAAGAGGAGGUUGAAUGGCGCCGAGCACCGCAGCGGUGAGGCUGAGUGAAGUGGCUGAGAGAGGACUAGCCUGAGCAUCCGGGAGGGCUUUGUUAUUACCCCGACAUAUUACACAGUUACCACGUUGUUCGGUAGGCGGUUGGUGCCUCCUCCUCCUCCUCCUCCUUCUCCUUGUUCCUAUUCCUCCCCUCCGUCCAUCCGCCCAGCCAACACGCAUCCGCCAUGUCGCAGGGUCAGAACUUCCUCCCCAAAUUCCUGUUUGUCUCCAACCUGCUGAAGGCGGUGAAGAUCCGACAGCGAGUGCCCAACGACGUGGUGAAGCCGGCUGCCACGGCCGGCCUGAUGCACCACCUGCGGGGGAUGCACAGGUACACGCUGGAGAUGAUCGCCAUGAACCACUUCCCGCAGGCCUUCAGGGAGGUGGUGCAGGCCGCCAUCCUGGACAGAGCCAUGCAGGCCUCACUGGAGCAGGAGAAGAAGCUGAACUGGUGUCGGGAGGUGAAGAAGAUGGUGCCACUACGGACUAAUGGAGAUGGGAACUGUUUACUCCACGCGGCCUCACAGUACAUGCUGGGUGUUCAGGACACGGACCUGGUGCUUCGAAAAGCUCUCCAUGGGGUUUUGAAAGAGACCGACACUGGCGUCUUCAGAGCUCGUUUCCAGGCUGAGCUGCUCGGGUCCCAGGAGUUCACCCAGACGGGACUCCGAUACACCACCAUGAACUGGGAGGAAGAGUGGGAAAAGAUUGUGAAGAUGGCGUCUCCUGUCUCCAGUAGCAACGGCCUCCAGUUUGACUCUCUGGAGGAUAUUCAUAUCUUCGUCCUCUCAAACAUUCUCCGCAGACCUAUCAUCGUCAUUGCAGACCAGGUGGUCAGAAGUAUGAAAUCUGGCUCCUCUAUCUCUCCUCUGAAUGUGGGUGGGAUUUAUCUGCCUCUACACUGGCCGCCCACGGAGUGCUACAAAUACCCAAUCGUGCUUGGCUACGACUCCCAACACUUUGCUCCCCUCAUCACUAUCAAAGACAGUGGUCCAGAGAUCAGAGCAGUACCUCUGAUAAACCCAGGACGAGGGGGCUUCGAGGAGCUGAAGGUUCACUUCCUAAUGGAGAAAGAACAGACGCAGAAAGAGAGGCUCCUCAAAGACUACUUGCUACUGAUGGAGAUCCCUGUCAUAGGCUUGGGCUACGAUGCUACACGGAUCAUCAAUGCUGCACGUCUGGAUGAGGGGAACCUCCCAGAGGAUAUGAACCUAAUGGAGGACUACCUACAGCUUGUCAACCAUGAGUACCAGCGAUGGCAGGAGGACAAGGAGCAGGCGUGGGCUGCCCAGCCGCAGCGCCCACCACCCUUCUCCGUCUCCCAGCUCUCCCUCAUCGAGAUCCGCUGUGCCACUCCCCGAUGCACCUUUUACGUCUCUGUGGACACGCAGCCUCAUUGCCACGAGUGCUUUGAGAAGCGGCAGGCCACCACUGGAGGAGGGGCAAGGAUAGAGGGUGUAGUGCAGACCAAGGGAGGAGGCGUACAAGGUGGAGUUGGCGUAAUAGUGGGAUCAGAGACUGAGGUGAGCUCCAGAGGAGCACGAAGCAGCAGCCCGCCAUCCUCCUCGACUGGGAGAGGGGUGGCAUUAUCCAGCCCCCGCUCAGCCCCACCCACAGCUCCCAGCCUCAGCCUGUACAGUGAAACUCAUGCCAUGAAGUGCAAGACACCUGGCUGCCUCUUCACCCUCAGCGUGGAGCAUGAUGGACUUUGUGAGCGCUGCUUCAACUCCAGGCAGAACCAUGGGCCCCCUGGAGCUGGAACGGCUGCCACAGCACUCCCAGGACCCAAUGGGGGGCCUACAGUUCCUCACCCGGGCCAGGGCUCUGGCUGGACUCAGUGGGGUGGGCGUGAGACAGAGGCAGAGCGCUGCAGCAUGUGCAGACAAGAGGCGUUCAGGGUAUUUAAUGGCCUGUGUCCACCCUGCAUGCAGAGACAGCAGGCUCCAGAGAGGGGAGAGCCACAGCAGAACAACCCCAGGACUGAGGCCUCGUCUUCAGCUUGGACCCAGGCCAGGGAUGCUGAGCGGCCGUGCCUCACCCUAACCCCGGGUCACACCUCAGCCUGGCAAACCCCUCUGGCCCGGCCUUGUAAAAGAUCUGGCUGUCAGUUCUUUGGGACGCCAGAGAAGCUGGGUUUCUGCACUAUUUGCUACGUAGACUAUCAGACCAACCACCAUAUGACCCCUCCACCUCCUCCAGUCCAGACCCGGCACGGUUUGGAGGCAGGCUUUCAGAACGCAACCCGGUGUCGUGGGCCUAGCUGCGGUGCGGUUGGCAAGACGAUGCUGGAGGGCUACUGCGAUAAGUGCUACGUCAAGGAGCAAAGCGCACGACUCAACCAGGUGGCACAUCGCACACCACACUCCCCUCCUUUAGUCGUGCGUGACAGAGCAGUCAAACCCAGAUCUUCGCAGCAAUCCCAGACCCAGACCCAGACUCAGACUCAGUGCCGGCGGAGUGGCUGCAGUAAUGUGUCCCCAGGUUGCACAGACCUCUGCCCAGAGUGCCACACACGAGGCCAGGGCAGAGAGGCGGGCAGGCGGGCGCAGGCGCCCAAGGAAAAGUCUAAGCAGCGGUGCCGGACGCAGGGCUGUGACCACUACGCCAACCAAGAAAAACAGGGCUACUGCAACGAGUGUGACCACUUCAAACAGAUUUACCGCGGCUGACCACAUGCGCAUCCACGCAUGAACCAACAGUGAUGACUCAUCGCUAACACGCUAGAGCUGCUGCCCUGCUGUGGGCGCCCCAUGCCAGUCAAUGCACCUCUGAAACUAACUAACCAACUAACUAACUAGCUAGUGACUAACUAGUAACCUUAUGGCCUGAAAAUCAAACCCCCCAUGUAGAAUGUGAAGAGAGAGUGUCUGUACGUGGGGGGUGGGGAGGGUGGGAGGGUGGGAGAGUGUGUGUGUGUGUUUUCACAGUAGACAUGGCCUCCAGAAUACCUCUUUGUGCAAUUAUUAUCAUCUGCUGUGCCCAGUGCACUUAAAUGGUGAGAGGUUUGGCUUCAUGUCAGAGCAACUGACUUAACUCUUGUGUACAAUAUGUAUUUAGAGGUACGUGUUGAAUCGUGCCGGACAAAAUGAUUGUAUGUUGACAUAACAAGAAGCAUCUGACAUUGCUUUUUAGACCACAGCCAAGGAUUUUUACCCCUCGUCUGUCUGUUUGUCUGUCUGUCUGUCUGUUGUAACCCAACUGUGUACCUGUCUGCCUGUCUGUCUAGCAGUGCUCUGUAGAGUGAGGGAUACAGGAGUUAGAAAAGCCUGGCAACAAAUCUAUGGAAGUACAUAGCAGUAGUGAGCUAAACUGGGCCAAAGCAAAGCUAAAGAAGUGCUUGAAAGCAAUUUUUUAAUCUCAGUUGUCCUCCUACAAAAUGAACAAAACUUAGCCAAAAAAGGCUCUUACAAUCAACAUUGUGUAACGAUCAAGUAUGAAUUUCUUCCAUUAGUCAGUCGAUAGCACUGUUGAUAUUUUUAGCCAAAUUUACCUUAGUAUUUUUACAUAUCUUUUAUACAAGAUGACAUGGUAAAUUGCUAGAUAUGGAAAGUGAGACCAUGUGUCUAAAGAUUGCAUGACAGACAGGGCAGGCCCCUGCUAGUUUUGGUGCUACAUGUACAGAAACACAAGCCUCUCCAUUGUAGCCAACAUGCUGGCGGUGUCAGUGGACAGAAGGUAGAGAGCACAGUGGAGACAGGACUCAUUCUCUUUCUAUUCUCUCCCUGUCCUUCCUUUUUAUCCUCCCUCCUCCCCCUCCAAAACAGAUCUGUUGCCUUGGACGUUGUUUUCCUGUUUACUGACCACUUAAGCACCUAGAAAUGCAUAGAUAUACAAACCUAUACAUACGCACACAAAUGUAGUAGCUCCAGUUCUGUCAGAAGGGGAUUGCAAGCUCAAAAGAGAACUAAGACCAUAAUGAAGGGAGAAGUCUGGAUGACUAUCCACCUUACCACCACAUGCACACAUAUGCACACACAUGCACAUGAAAACACAGCUCUGUGAGAUUGUACUCGCCCCAACCCCAACCCCAACCCGUGGUGAUGUGUAGGUAAACAAACCUGUAGAGCAAUGCAUUCCCCUCUGCUCCACCCACUGGAUGUGCCAAGGCGACAACUUCAAAACUUCAUAGAGCAAUCCCAUUGCCUGCUUUGGCUAAUCUUCUUCAUCUGAAUGUGUUUUGUGCUGCUGCUUCAACAUCACACUAUUGGGGCUGAUCCUCGAUAAGUUUUGCCUUUAAGUAGUGAUUGAAAUUCUAUGGACCAGAGGGGCCUGAUCAGGGAUCCUGGAUCAGUGCCCCCACCUAUAAAAUGCUUUUGUGAAUAUGGAUCUUGGUCCAUAUUUUUAGGACCUUCCAACCCGAUGCCUCAUCUGCAAGACACACACACACAUACACAAACACACUCAACGCACGCAUGCGUGCGUCUGGAAUACGCAAAACUGACAUUCCUGAUUUUUUCUAUUUGUUUUGGGAUUUUUUUUAAUGUAUUUUGAUAUAUUUGGUUUUGUUUUUGCCAAAAAAAAAACAUGUGCCAUCAAUCGCCAGACAGUUGUUGUUACCUCCUUAAAAAUGGCCAGCCUGGACCAUUCUGAACUAACAAGAGCACCACAGGUAGACAUCUCCAAUUCUGUCUCCACAGACUGCAACUUAUCAAGCUCUCUCAUGUUGAAAAUCCCCAAAUGGGCUCCAUCUCUUUACAAGUACCUAUUUUAUCCAGAUACAAAGAUAUAUUUAUCUAUUUGAGAAAACCUCAAGCCUAAAACAUUUAUCAGACUCACUGAAAUGUGAUUUCAACAGAAACAGUAAUUCCCCUUGUACUUCUACUGAAGAACUCUACUGCUGUACUCAGAUGUCCAUCUGUGGCUCUAGUUAGAGAAGCAUAGACAAACAGGCUCUUGGUCUGCCUUUUCAUUCAACUGUAUCUAAAGCUGUCGGGCCGGCCCAGGUGUUGACGGCCUGUACGUAGAUCUCUGUGUGCUUUAAUCACCUCUAGACAAACCUUAAUCAAUUAAAGGCCAAUUAGUGGUCAGCUCAUUAUGACCCCUUAACAAGGUUUGGGGCGUUGACUGAGUCUGACUGGGAGGAGAUCACAUAAGUUGCACAUAACUUGUCUAAGCUGCUGAGGCAUUUAGGAAUGGUACUCCGACCUGCUUAGGGACAUUCCAACAGUAGGAAGAGCAUCAGUUUAAGAGCAGAAGGUGUAACAAAACAUGCAAACUGUGUGGAAGUUUCUUUGUGUGAUCUUUCGACAAUAGGGUAUUGUAUGAAAAAGCCUGGUUUUAUUUGUUAAGUAUUUAUUCAUAUCAAGAUAUCUGUAUUGUGUGAUUCAAUAAUUAUUUAUAUGUCGUCCUGAAAUGAAUUAUUUUUAUUAAGAAAUCUGAAA